AUGCGAGCUAUGUUCGAGCGAUUGGCACACUCUAGCAUUAUGCGACUUAGUGAGAGCAGCAUGGAAAAGCUAUUCGACCUAACUCUGAUGAUGACCAAAUACCAAAUCCAAUCGGUGGUAAUGCCUGAGCAGAUUCUUACGGUCACCAUGAACCAUCUAAGUGGAAUGAGGAGAAUAGCAAAGCAAGAAGAUGACAUCCAGGAGCUGAUUAGGAACGCGCAUGCUAUGUUUCUGAUGCUUUAUGGACCGGUAUCGCUCACUGAGUGGAACAUGAUACGAUAUCAAAUGCUCAAUUUUUUCCAGGAUUGUCGGGUCAAAGUGUCCGUUUUGCUCAGGGACGAGAAGCAAUUCGACGAUGGCCACUUUGUCUACUUACCGGAAAAGAACCCUAUCGAGCUUCCACCAGAUGUCGAAACUCCCGGAAUCACGAAGUACUACGAAAAUGGCGAGUUGGUCAAAACAACUCAGAAAGCCGUAAUCUCGACGCCGAAGUACGCUCGACGACACUCGGCAUGA